ACUGCCUCUGAAAAGCAAUGGAAAAAAUAUUCUCAGACACAUCUAACAUGUCAUUUGAGGAGCUGUUGGAAUUGCAGAGCCAAUUGGGGACUAAGACAUACAAACAACUGGUAGCUGGAAACAGCACUAAGAAGCAAGGUUCUAGACCACUUGUCCAAAAUGCAUGUGUUGCAGAUAAGCACAGACCUCUGGAAAUGUCAGCCAAGGUCCGGGUGCCAUUUUUGCGUCAAGUUGUCCCCAUCUGUAAGAAGGUGGCCCGGGAUCCCCGCUUUGACGAUUUGUCAGGGGAAUAUAAUCCUGAAGUGUUCGACAAAACAUAUCAAUUCCUGGAUGGCAUCCGAGCCAAAGAGAAAGAGCUUGUGAAAAAGCAGCUGAAGAAGCACCGUUCAGGGGAGGAGCAUGAGAAACUGCAGCAGCUGCUUCAGCGAAUGGAGCAGCAAGAAAUGGCACAGCAGGAACGAAAGCGGCAGCAGGAGCUGCGCCUGGCUCUGAAGCAGGAGCGGCGGGCUCAGGCCCAGCAGGGCCAUCGUCCAUAUUUCCUGAAGAAAUCUGAACAGCGCCAGUUGGUCCUAGCAGAGAAGUACAAGGAGUUGAAACGCAGCAAGAAGCUAGACAGCUUCUUGAGUCGAAAAAGGCGCCGAAACGCAGGCAAGGACAGGCGACAUCUCCCUUUGAACAAAGACUAAUAAGGAACUGACCUCAGCUCUCCCACUGCCCCAGUGAGAAAUGGAUCUGUGGGGACAGAUUUGGGCUUGGCCAGUUCUGGAUCUUUCCUAUUCAAGGACAAGGAUCACAGCUGCCCUUGAACUAGAUUGGCUCAGAGAUGACUAGAGGGUUCUUGGACGGGCCCAGGGCUGGACAGAAAGAACAGCUCAGCCUUCUGCCACGCCAUACUUUCUGCUCAGAUCUGGUUCAUCAUGUCCUCAUGUCCUCCCAUCCUUGCCUUAAACCAAUAAUUCUGAUAUAGAAGGAAAAGGGUCAGUGACCUUAAGGCUGGUGAAGGCCAUGGAGUCUGUUGAUGGCUUCCAGGACUGGAACUUUAUGUAGGAGCCAGUUAAUAAACAUUCUUGUCACUCAUCUUA